AUGGCGCCCGCACAGCCAGAGCUCAAGAAGUACCUUGACAAGCGGUUGUUUGUUCAGCUUAACGGCAGCCGAAAGGUCAUUGGUGUGCUUCGAGGCUACGAUGUUUUCCUCAACAUUGUCCUGGAUGAUGCAGUUGAGGAGAAAGACAACGGCGAGAAGGCCAAGCUCGGCAUGGUGGUCAUCCGCGGCAACUCAGUUGUAAUGCUGGAAGCUCUCGAAAGGAUUGGUGGAGACGAGCGCGGAGGGCGCUAA